ACAAUCCCUAUUAUUUUUCGUAAACCCUCGCUUUCUAGGACCUUCGAAAGAAAAAUCCAGUAAUAUCCGAGAGACGCUAUUUGUCGUUUUCCGCUUUCUGCUGACUGAGCAACACUGCUUUGGGUCGUCUGUAUCUUUUUCUUCUUUUUUGGGUUGAGUAAUUGUUUGGUCAAAAGAUGGAGGACGACGCACCAGAGUUCAUGGAAAUUCACGAGAUUGUGAUACAAAAGCUGGGUCAUGUCCCGAUCGUCAAAGGCGAUUUCCACAUGCUGCCCAAGAAAGUGCAGAAGUUCUUGGCAAAAUGGGUGUACACGUGUAAGCCACGCGCUCUGUAUAUCUGUGAUGGGUCUCAUGCUGAAGCUGAGGAGGUCACUCACAAGCUGAUAGAGAGGGGGGUCCUGACAAAACUAAAGAAAUACGAAAACUGCUACUUGUGCCGUACUGACCCAGCUGAUGUUGCUCGGGUGGAAUCAAAAACGUGGAUUGCAACUGAUGAUAAAUAUGAAACAGUCCCCCAUGUGCGACAGGGAGUGAGGGGAAUUCUGGGACAAUGGAAACACACCAAGGAAUUGGAGGAGGAGGUGAAUGGUGAUUUUGAUGGCUGCAUGGCAGGUAGGACUAUGUAUGUGAUACCCUUCAGUAUGGGGCCCAUCGGGGGUCCCCUGAGUAAGAUAGGGGUCCAGCUGACAGAUUCCAACUAUGUCCUGCUCUGUAUGAGAAUAAUGACCAGAGUGUCAGCAGAUAUCUGGGAGGUUCUGGGAGACAAUGACUUUGUGAGAUGUGUGCAUUCCAUGGGCUGUCCCAGACCAGUGCAGAGAAAGGUCGUCAACCACUGGCCAUGUAACCCGGACAAGAUCAUGAUCGGUCAUUUUCCGGCCCGCCGUGAGAUUGUGUCCUUUGGUAGUGGUUACGGAGGUAACUCAUUGCUGGGGAAGAAGUGCUUUGCUCUGAGAAUUGCCAGUGUCAUUGCCAGGGAUGAGGGAUGGCUCGCCGAGCACAUGUUGAUUAUGGGAUUGACCAAUGAGAAAACAGGAGAAGAGAAAUUUGUUUGUGCAGCUUUCCCGAGUGCCUGUGGGAAGACCAAUCUUGCCAUGAUCCAGCCAACCAUCCCAGGGUACAAAGUUCGAGUUGUCGGGGAUGACAUUGCCUGGCUUCGAUUUGACGAUAAGGGUGUCCUUAGAGCCAUCAACCCCGAGAACGGCUUCUUUGGAGUGGCUCCAGGCACCAACAUGAAAACUAACCCCAAUGCCAUGCUGUCAUUUCAGAAGAACUCCAUCUUCACAAAUGUGGCCGAAACAGCAGAUGGCGGGUUCUUUUGGGAGGGAAUGGAGGAUGAGAUUGAUAAGAACAUUGCCAUCACUAACUGGCUGGGACAGCCAUGGAAGAUAGGAAUGCCGGGCAAUGCUGCCCACCCCAACUCCCGCUUCACCUGCCCGGCGUCCCAGUGCCCCAUCAUCCACCCAAAGUGGGAGGACCCCGAGGGAGUGCCAGUCAGCGCUCUCAUCUUUGGGGGACGACGUCCCACAGGUGUACCCCUGGUGUUUGAAUCCUACAGCUGGCAACAUGGCGUCAUGGUUGGAGCCUGCGUCAAAUCUGAGUCCACUGCUGCCGCAGAACAUACAGGAAAAAAAAUCAUGCAUGACCCAAUGGCAAUGAGGCCAUUUAUGGGAUACAAUUUUGGAAAUUACCUACAACACUGGCUUGACAUGGAGAAACCAGACAGAAAGAUGCCCAAGAUCUUCCAUGUGAAUUGGUUCCGGGUGGAUGAGCAUGGGAAAUUCCUGUGGCCUGGAUUUGGAGACAAUGUGCGGGUGUUGGACUGGGUCCUGAGGAGAUGUGCUGGAGAUGAAUCCAUUGCUGUGAAAUCCCCAAUUGGUUACCUCCCCAAAAAAGGCAGCAUUGACCUGACCGGGCUGGGCGACAUUAAGUGGGACGAGCUGUUCAGCCUGCCCAAGCACUACUGGCUGGACGACAUGCGUGAGAGCAAGCGCUUCCUGGAGGACCAGGUCGGCACGGACGUUCCUCAGGUCAUCUGGGACGAACUCAACGCCCAGGAGAAGCGCAUAGAGGAGCAGCUUUAGGGCUGUUACCCCAGGGACUGUCAUAGAGACUACACACAUAUAAUGUAUACCGUGCUAGGAGCUUUAACUUGACUGCUUGUUGUAGAUUUAAUAACGUCAACGGCCGAUCUAACUGUGAAUGUUUGUUGUCUUUCAAAUAUUGAGAGUGAACUACGCGGACAUCUGAUAUAGGAGACUUUGUUGUACAAUGAUUGUAUAAUUUGCAUAAUAUAGUCUGUAUAGUGUGCUAAAUUUGUCUCUGGACACAACUAUUGACUGAGAUUGGUAACAUAUAUCAAGUUCUAUUGAUUCAAUAUCUUUUAACAUCCGUUUAGAUCAUACAUUCUUCAUUACGCCUAUUUAGGUGUAUUUGUUAUAGGUAGCAGUUUGGUGCAGAUGAGGAAUAAUUUUGUUGUUUCGAUGUCUUAUGUUUGUUUGUUGUGGACCUUUAUGCAUAAAAUGUUGGUUUUAAAAACUGUUGCAUGCUUUUGCCACAAAAUAUCAUUUAUCAAAUAAAAGAUGUAGUGAUUUGUUCUCAUUAAAUUAUAGAAACCUUA